AUAAGGCAUUUCACUCUCAUAAUCUCAUUUGGUUCAGUGCCGAACUCUGAUCUGAAUUCUGACCUUUCUUUGUGGUUUUGCAAAAUCCAGAAGGGGAAUUAGCUUUCGCUGAUCAUCUCUGGUCUUCUCCGAUUCCCGCGCUCUCUCUCUCUCUCUCUAACCCUAAUUGCAGUAGUAAUUUACUUGCUCACACUUGAGAUAUUCUGCUUUCAGAAAAUGGAUUUGCACUCUCGACUUUUAUGUAACUCUACCUCCGAUUGCGCAGAUAAUCGCUGUGAAAUGCCUAAAGACAACGAUUCUGCAUCUACUUCGACAUCAUCUUCUUUAUACUCUUCACGUUAUGCAGAGAUAUUGAAUUGUUUAUGGAUUCCUCUUCUGAUUUCUUUCUCGAAAGAGCUGAAUUGUGCCAAGGCUCAGACAAUUCUUCUCCCUGGACGGUCUAGACUUGAUUCCUCGCGCUCUUUUAGCUGUUCGUCGCCUGAUCCGACACUGUAUUUUAGGCCGGUGAUCGGAAUUUUGAGCCAUCCUGGUGAUGGCGCUUCUGGAAGGCUUAAUAAUGAUUCAAAUGCUUCGUAUAUUGCUGCUUCGUAUGUGAAGUUUGUAGAAUCUGCUGGUGCUCGUGUUAUUCCUCUCAUCUAUAAUGAACCACGGGAAGUCCUCUUCGAAAAGCUCAAUCUGGUCAAUGGAGUGCUCUUUACUGGAGGAUGGGCCAAAAGUGGUUUGUACUAUGAGAUUGUACAGGAAAUUUUUGAGAAAAUUUUAGAGAAGAAUGACUUGGGAGACCAUUUUCCUUUGGUCGCAACUUGCUUAGGAUUUGAACUUCUAAACAUGAUCAUCAGCAAGGAUGUUAAUUUUCUUGAAAGGUUUAAUGCACAAAAUCAGCCAUCAACUCUUCAAUUCACGCAAAACAUAAAAAUUGAAGGCACGGUGUUUCAAAGAUUUCCUCCAGAUUUACUUAAAAAGUUGACUACAGAUUGUAUUGUCAUGCAAAACCAUCAAUAUGGUGUAUCACCUGAAAAGCUUCAAAAGAAUCCUUCUCUAUCCAGUUUUUUCAAAAUCUUGACAACCAGCGCAGAUGAAGAUGGUAAGGUCUACGUGUCAACUGUUCAAGCACGGAACUAUCCUGUGACUGGCUUCCAGUGGCAUCCAGAGAAAAAUGCUUUUGAAUGGGGCUCGUCAGUGAUUCCCCACACAGAAGAUGCAGUUCAAGUGACUCAACAUGUUGCCAACUAUUUUAUCAGUGAAGCAAGAAAGUCCUUAAACAGGCCACCUGUGCGAAAGGUGCUUGACAACCUUAUUUACAAUUACAGACCCAGUUAUUGUGGAAAGGCUGGGAGGGGAUUUGAUGAGGUUUAUAUUUUCUCUUAAUCUUGGACCCCCCGAGUAUGUUGUUCUGUUACCUAUGGAUUUGGCGACCCCCUUUAGUUGGGAAUCGGCUGCGUUGUUGAUGUUGUUGUAGUAGUAGUCUGAAUGUAAAAUUGCCUUGGAGAUGGACUGUUGGACUGUGGAUAGCUUAACCUUUAUUAAUUGAGGACUAAUGCUAGUAAAACUGUAUUAACUCUUCCACUUCUACAAACCUAGCUUUCAUGGAACCCA